AUGCUCCGCGCCGCCGUCAAGUCCGGAUCCGAGCUCGGAAAGGAGGCCAAGAAGGUCAUGGACGCCGGCGCACUCGUCUCCGAUGAGAUUGUCGUCGGUCUCAUCCGCGAGAACUUGGGGUCCAAAGCCUGCGAGAAGGGCUUCAUUCUCGACGGCUUUCCGAGGACUGUCACUCAAGCCCAGAAGCUUGAUGACAUGCUUGCAAAGAAUGGCAUGAAGGGCGUCGAUUCGGUGAUCAACUUUGCCAUUGAAGAUAAUUUGCUCGUCAAGAGGAUCACAGGAAGGCUCUUCCAUCCCUCCAGUGGGAGGAGCUAUCAUACUGAGUUUAAUCCUCCGAAGGAGCACAUGAAGGACGAUCAAACCGGAGAGGAUCUUAUUCGUAGGAGUGAUGAUAAUGAAGAGACGCUUAAGAAAAGGCUUUCCUCCUUCCAUUCCCAGACAAAGCCGGUUUUGGAUUACUAUAGCAAGGCGGGUAUCCUUCAUGCAGUUGACGCGGCGCGACCAAUUGCUGAGGUCAAUGAGCUCGUCAUGCAUGCGGUCGAGACAGUUAAGGCGAAAGCAUAA